GAAAUAGUAAUAAUAUAAUAGUAAAAAUGAGGACCUACUUAACAAAAGAAGCCAACAGGAACUAAACACAAGAAGGAUGUGACAGCUUUACAUGUUAUUGUCAAACUUGGAUUGGGAGGCAGUUUUAUGUUCAGCUGCAUUAGUGACUGAAAACUGUGAAAAUGCAUUUAUGCACAUCUCUUUUGCUGAGUUUGGCUUUGGCUUUUUGCCCAGCAUCAUCUAUGCCCCCACCAGAUACAGUUGGCAUUAAUGAGGAAUCGAAGGACAUCCCAGACAUAAAUAAAGGUUUAAAUCUCAAAGAAGGAGACAUCGUGAUGCCUAACCGAAGGAAUGCCAUUCUUGGGAAUCAGUACCGGUGGAAUAUUUCCAUCCCCUAUGAGCUGAGUGUGAACCUCAGUGUGGACUAUAAGGGAGUCAUUUUGAGAGCCUUUGAGCAGUUCAGGCUGAAAUCAUGUAUUGACUUUAAGCCCAGAGCAGCAGAAAACAUUUCUUACAUCUCUGUGGAGAGUCACGAUGGGUGUUGGUCAUAUAUCGGUCGAGCAUUUGCUGGAGCUCAGACUCUUUCCAUUGGAGACGGCUGUGGGAUAAAAGCCUUUAUUGAGCAUUUGUUUCUCCAUGCACUGGGAUUUUUGCAUGAGCACACAAGAUAUGACAGAGAUGAUUAUGUAACCAUCAACUUUGAAAACAUCAUUCCAGGGUAUGAGAACCAUUUCGAUAAAUACAGUAAGAACCAGACCACCACUGAAGACACCCCAUAUGACUACUACUCUGUGAUGCAUUAUGAUAAAAAUGCCCUCAGCAACGGUAAUGGAUCCACAAUCAUUACCAAGCGUCCUGAGUUCCAAGAUGUGAUUGGUCAACUCCUGGGCAUGAGUGAAUAUGAUGUGAUUAAACUCAAUAAACUCUACAAAUGCAAUUCGUCCAUCUCUUUCCUUGAUCACUGUAGUUUUGAUGAUGAAUCUCUGUGUCAGAUGAGCGUCGGUUCUGCUGCUGAUUACGGCUGGCAGAGAGUGAAGUCAGUGAGUGGCAUCAGUGUGACGGACCACACAUACUUGGGCAAAGAACAAAAUGGGACGUCUUUCUUCAUGCACUUCAGCACUAAGGCAAGAAACCAGGGGGAUGUAUCUAGAAUGGAAAGUAAGAAAAUGACCCUUAAAAGAGACUGCAAGGUCCAAUGCCUGCAGUUCUACUACUAUCACAGUGGUCAUGAGUCUGACCAGCUCAACAUCUGGAUCCGAGAGUACCAGAAUGAAGCAGACAGCAGAGGAACUCUCAGACUUAUGGAUCAGAUCAUAGAACCCCCUGGCAAUUACUGGAAGCUGCAUCAUGUUUCACUGAAUGCAAAUAAAACCUUCCAAGUUGUAUUUGAAGCCCGUAAAGGAGCUGGAAACUCCAGUGGAGGAUUUUCACUGGAUGAUAUCAAUAUUUCAGAGACUGAGUGUCCGCACACAUGGCAGAUAAGAGACUUUGAGAAGAUUUUGAAAAACAAUGCGUCUGCCACUAGUCCAUUGUAUUACUCCAGUGAUGGUUAUCGCUUUCAGGCUCAUUUAGGGGUGUAUCAGAAUUACCUUUCAAUAUAUGUUCGUCUGGUGUCUGGUGUAUAUGAUAACCAGCUGCAGUGGCCUUGUCCAUGGAGACAAAUAACCUUCCAGAUGCUUGACCAGAAUCCACAUAUACAGAAGCGCAUGUCCUCCGAGAAAAGCUUCACAACUGACCCUGCUUUGAUUUAUUCCAAUAUCAGUGUUUGGGACAAUCCUCGAAAAACUGGAUUUCAGGAUGUCAUUGGCAAUGAGACUGUAAAUGUGGGUUUUUUUGUGGGCUAUCAAUAUUCCAUAAUGAAAGAGGAUCUCACAAAAAGAGAGUUUAUCAAAGGUGGUGACAUCAUAUUUCUCUUUACUCUGCAAGAUAUCUCAGAGCUACUUCAGAAGAACUCUCUACCCUGCCCUAAAGUGACACUGAAGAAGCAGGGACCAUGUGUUGCAAGUGAUUGUCUGGGCAUAUUUUGCUCUCCCAGUACUUCCUCCUUGAUCCUGUUGGUGGUUUGCCUCCGUUUGCUGGUAAAUUAUCCCUGAGAUUUUCCCAGCUCUGACUACAUGAAUUCAAUAUAAAAGCAACUGCAUCUAUCUUCAGCCUUCUGGUAUAUGAUAGGCUACUCUUAAACUUGUAUUUUAAUUUAAUGAGAGGCUUACACAGAAUACAUCUAUAAUUAUCUGUAAUGAAACAAUCAACCUGUUAAUUCGAACGUAUUGAUUUUCAUUAAAAACUCUGUAGUUGAAUAUGGUUCACACAUAUUCUGAAUAGGUUAAAUUAAAUAUUUCAAAUCAUUGCAUUAAUAUUAAUUGUUGUAAAUUACUAUACAGCAUUUGAAAUGUGUCUAUGCAACCACAAGAACUAUGUGAAUGCUUUGAAUGAAUCACAAACCAAUUUUGAAGUUAAUGUGUAAUACAUUUAUCGAUUGUUGAUUUUCUGUGCUCUCGUAAUGCUUGCUAAUGUAGAUUAAUCUUAUGAUUUUGUGCAUGCAAAAUGAUCUUAUAAUUUUAUGAUGGGAUGAUUCUGUGGUUUCAAGGGAUAUUUGUCUUUGUGAGAGAUAAGGAAAAGUCUUUUUUUUUUUUUAUUGUCACGUGACAAUGCUGUGAAGAUGUAAUUUUCCAUUGCAUUAAUUCAAUACUUGUUGAAUGUGUAGUGGUCAGAUGAAGUCCAGCUGAGCACUGAAAAAAAAAAGUUCAAUAAAACCUUCUCAUUCAGAUCACUUUAUUUCCUGCUUUCUCUCACUGUUUUCUCUGCCACCCCCUUGGCUGAUACAAAUAAUUAACUAACUAACAAUUGAAAAAAAAGGCAGUUCUAACUGGUUUGGGGUUUUAACUGGUUUCUGAUACCAAAGAAAACAAAUGUCUUCUGACAAAUUCUGAUAAAAAG